GGGAGGCCAGGCCCCACGGGCCUACUGGGCCGCUGCUCAGGGGAAGGGGUUUGCAGCCCUUUCUACCGCCGGUGGCGGAGGCGGCGGCGGGGAGAUGGAAGACCCAGGGUCGGAGAUAAUAGAAUGUGUCCCUCCAGCUGGGCCUGAGGCGUCCGAGUCAACACCCGAGGAAAAUGAAGGUGACAUUCAGUUUGUUAGUGAGGGACCAUCAAGACCUGUUCCUGAAUACAUUGAUCUGAUCUGUGGUGAUGAUAAAGAGCGUAGCACCUAUCAUAGUGAUAUUUUGUUCCCUAAAAUGCCAAAACGACAGGGUGAUUUAUUGCAUUUUUUAAAUGCGAAGAAAGUGAAAACAGGCACAGAAAGUAACAAUAGGAACAAAAACUAUUGUGGAUUGUCUAAGUCUAAGGAAUCAAAUUUCAAAUAUGUUGAACAACCAAUCAUUGAAGAAAAGCCAUCAUGUUCAUCAAAGGAAGAAAUGGAUAAUCUUGUGCUUUCAGAUUGUUGGAAUGAAAAACAAGCAUUUAUGUUUACAGAACAGUACAAAUGGCUUGAAAUAAAAGAAGGUAAAUUAGGAUGUAAGGAUUGCUCAACAGUUCAGCAUUUGGGAUUGAAAGCAGUAAAGCAUGUCCAUGUGUCCAAGGAGUGGAUUGCAUAUUUAGUAACCCCUAAUGGCAGUAAUAAAACUACUAGACAAGCUUCCCUGCGAAAAAAAAUUAGGGAACAUGAUGUUUCUAAAGCCCAUGGUAAAAUUCAGGAUUUGUUAAAGGAAUCAAUUAAUGACUCAGUUUCUAAUUUAGUGCAUAAACAAAGUAAUAAAAAUAUUGAUCCUACUGUGAAAGUUUUCAAUACUGUUUAUAGUUUAAUAAAACAUAAUAGACCUUUAUCUGAGAUUGAAGGGGCAAUGGAAUUACAAGAGAAAAAUGGAGAGGUCAGUUGUUUAAAUACACGAUACGGUGCAACAAGAAUAGCAAAGCAUAUUGCAAAAGAAAUGAAGAUGACGAUAUUUAAGAAUAUUAUAGAAGAAAAUGCCAAAAUCUGUAUUGUAAUUGAUGAGGCAUCCACAGUCUCAAAGAAAAGGACCUUCGUGAUUUAUCUCCAGUGCACAGUUCAAUCGGUUCCUGCACCCAUUAUGUUAUUUGUUGCUUUGAAAGAAUUGGUGUCAACCACAGCAGAGUGUAUUUUCAAUACAUUAUUGAGUACUUUAAAUGAUUGUGGUUUCACUAAUGAAUAUUUGAAAGCAAAUUUAAUUGCAUUUUGUUCUGAUGGUGCUAAUACAGUGCUGGGAAGAAAGUCUGGAGUAGCUACAAAGUUGUUAGAAAAUUUUCCUGAAAUCAUUAUUUGGAACUGUUUAAACCAUCGAUUGCACUUGUCCCUUGAUGAUUCAAUAUCUGAAAUAAAACGGUUUAGACAUGAAUAUGAACGAACUUUAAAUUUUAAAAUGAAGGCAUACUGAAAAAGCAACAAGUAGAACUGCAGAAGCUAGUCCUACAACUGGGACAGUAAACAAAGACUGGAAGAAGGUACUGGCAAACUUAAAUGUGUUUGGAACAGUAUGGGCAGGAAAAGGUACAGAAGAACAAAACAGCUUGGAGCUGAAGAAGCUAGCAACCUGGAAAUGCCAAUGGAUGCAGACAAGAAAGCCCUGCAAAAAGCCUGUCUUCUCUUCAAAAGAUCAGGGAGGGGCAGGUUAGCAAGACAGAAAACAUAUUAUUUUACACAAUAACCUCUCUGCUUCAGCCAAAUACCACAGAGAACACUGCAGCUUCACCCAAACCACCAAAGGCCAAGUGGGGAGCCUGGACUUCCACCUUUGCCAGCUUAUAAUGAAGUACCACUGACCUGAAUCCCAUCCCACUGGGCUGAUGUCAGAGGAGGCCUAAUGGAGAGUCAUGACGUUUACCUUUGCUCAGCAUUAAGGAGCCCCUUCCCCCAACUUCAGGAAUGAAGGAGAAAUCAAAACAUUCUCAGGUGAAGGAAAACUAAGGAAAUUUGUCAUCAACAGACCAAUGCUAAAAUGAACGUUUAAGGGAAGUUCUGUAAACAAACGAUUAAAGGAGGAAUCUGGGAACAUCAGGAAGGAAGAAAAUAUAUUACCUGAAACAAAAGCACCUUCAGUUGUAAGUCUUAACGUUGGAUCUUGUUGGAGACUCUGCAGCCUCCCUGGCAGUGAGCACAAGGACAGGUGCAGUGACAGGCUGGGAGACACCCAUGACAUCGCUGGGCUGUGCUGAUCGGAGCACAAACUCGUGAAGAAGCUGCAAGUAGAUUCCACCCUCAGUACAAGUGACGCAUCAAACCAGAGAAUUUCUAGCAGGCCCAUGAGCAUGCAAUAUCGUUUCUUGGAAAUACGCAUUUCCCCAUCCCAAAAUAAAAUAGAUAUACUGAAAAAAUUUAAGUCUAUU